AACGAACUCUAAAACUCUAAAAGAUUUUGAUACAUCUAUUUCUCAAAUUUUUCGAAAGGAAAGUAGUAUCAAGUAUGUGAUUUAAGUUUGUGAAACUGAUUGGAAAGUUUGAGUACUAAGGAUUGAGUAAAUUACAUUGAAUUUGGUCAUUUUCGUCACACGACACUUCUAUGAAGAAGUCCUAAUCAUCGGGUAAUUUCAUAAGCGCAACGUUGAAAAAACAAUUUAUUUUUUAUAUCACGAUUUUGUUUUGGACCCGUUUACAUUUGUCUUUCGAGAAUUUGUGUAAUCUUGCAAUCUUGGAGGGUGUAAAAGCUAAGGUAUUUGAAGGUUUCAGUUGGACUGUUUACUCACACUUGGAUGAUAGGAAUCUCUUGACGUAUUUUAAAUUACUAACCUAAUAUUUUAGCAAUUUUGUAAACAAUACAUGUUGAAAAACUGUAGCUAUAACAUCAUACUGAAUGGUUUUGGAAAACCUAUAAAUAACAUCGCAUCAUAUUUUUUUCUCCAUUAUUCAAGUUCCUGCUGUUAGAAUAAAGCAAUAACAAGAAAAGCAAUGGAAAACUCAAGGUAUAUCAUUUUUGUUCUUGCCUGUGUUAUCUUAAGGACCGAAGCAGUACCAGAGUAUCGAAGAGUGGUAGGACAUAUUGGAGAUGCUGUAAGGGCCUACGAGGAUGUGAUGAUUGACGAGGAAGCAGAACUGAUCAUAGCAACCGUCGCCAAAGUAACAUCCAAGAAAGUCACACCAUCUAUUGCGUUCCAUGACUUUUCUGUGGGAUACAGUGUCAUUAAACUUGUUGAGAAGGGCGUUUGUUACAUAGAGAAAACUAGACAUUCAAUGGACUAUUUGACAGAUAUUCUUUAUCAAGCAGAAAGAGACAAUGGUGACUAUGAAAUCAGGCAGACAUUCAAGUGCACGUCAAAGACGUUUGUAGAACCGUCAGAAGUGGUAAUGUACGGAGAACGGAUAGCUGCCUUCUGUAAAGACUACGAGUCGGUGUUUGUUGAGAAAGACUACACAAUGCGCAGUAAAAGAGAGACUAUUGCUUUUGAGGAAGAGAGUGUGUGGUGCCUAAUAUGCAGCGGAAGUUGCAACACCAAUCCUCCUAAAGUUUUGACAGAUAAACGAUGAUUACAAAUUAACUAUGCUACCUUUCUAUCGGUCAUUGUAAAUAUCAACUAUUGCAAGUAAACAGUUGAAUUGUUUUUUACUGUAUUUUUGUAUGUUUGGUACCAAGCGAUAACACGAGAAACUCGAAAAAAUUUAUUCUAUUUGUACAAACGUCAUUAAAGACAAAUAUUAAAGAAAUGUUUAUGGACAUCUUAAAUCGAUAGACAACGUGAUUUAACAAUGGUUACAUGUCCAUGACAGUCAUGUUUUGCAAAGGAGAAAUAUUGUUUUAAAUUUACGUGUAUUGAUCAUGCAGUGAAAUAAAUAUAGCAAAACCUUUAAA